GCAGUUGAGUCAGUUGACAAACAGCACGUCAAAUCUUAAGAAUCUCUCGAUCCCUCACUCUAUUUCUCUCUCUCCCAGUCUCUCUCUCUGUGGCGCUGUCAUUUGGCAAACAAUGGCAAGCAGCGAGCUGAUCGAGGAGCUUUACAAGUUCAUCUACCCGCUGGCAAUUCGAGCAGGUGAAAUACUUUUCGAGGGCUAUGAAAACGCUGGAAAGGCGGUGGAUUUAAAACACAAUCAAUUCCACAAUGUGGUCACCGACUAUGACAAUGAGAUCGAAGAGUUUCUGAUGGCCAGCAUACUCGCUAGCUAUCCCGAGCAUAAAUUCAUUGGCGAGGAGGAUACGUACAAGAAUCACAAUAUAACCAUGGAGCUAACAGAUGCUCCCACCUGGAUCAUUGAUCCCAUUGAUGGCACCUCGAAUUUCAUUAAACAAAUACCGCAUGUAUCCGUUUCGAUUGGACUUGCCAUCAAUAAGCAAAUUGUGCUGGGCGUAGUCAAUAAUCCUGCCCAGAAGAAACUCUACACGGCCAAGUUGGGACAAGGCGCCUUCUGCAAUGGCAAACCCAUUCAUGUGAGCAACUGUGAGCGCUUAAAUGAUGCCAACGUAGCCUAUGAGGUGUGUCUGCUCCACGAGAAAACGAUAAGGAAUAAGCACAUCAAGCGCAUCUACUAUGUGGGCUCCCAAGCAAGACGUUUGCUGGGUUAUUCAGCUGUGGUGGAUUCACUUUGCAUGGUCGCCGCUGGAAAUUUGGAUGCUUUUCACAUUGAGGACAUGUAUCCGUGGGAUUGUGCCGCAGGCUAUUUGCUAAUACGUGAGGCUGGCGGCGUCGUUACCCAUCCCUAUGGGGGCCCCUUUGACGUUAUGAAGCCAGAUUUAAUCUGUGCCGGCACAGAAACUUUACGAGCAGCAAUUGAGAUUCUAAUACGCAAAGCAGAUCAGGCCAAGUCAGUGGGAAAUGAUGAAUUCGAUGCAGAUGUCUAAAUUUUGUUUUUGUUUAGAUAGUACUUAAAUAAUAAACGAAAUUUACGAGCAGAAAAAAGCUUUAAUUUUACUAACAAUAAUAUUUAUGAUUUUAGGCUAAUCUAAUUUGGAAUAGUUUGAUAUGAUAAUGUAAAAGUGUUGUGAAUUUAUGUUAUCACAAUUUCCAUCAAAUUUAUAGGCAUCAACAAAGCAAACAUUUAUAUUUUUAAAAUA